ACGCUGAAGAUUCCCCGGAGCUGCUGAGAGCUCGAUUAUUUGGCCGUCAUCUGUUACUUGUUAGAUUUGCUUCUCCUUGUUCACUUUCUUGAUUUUGUAUCUGAGAAUUCGUCUCUCUGCCUCCUCCGAUCUCUCUCCCUCUCGCCGUGGAUUGAGAUGGAGAGCUUACCAACGACGGUCUCAGCUAAAUCAGACCGGCGAGGUAGGCCUUCUAAGUCUCAGAACACCUCCAAGCCCUCUCUUAUCUUAGCCUUCUUCUCCUGUCUAGCUUGGCUCUGGCCGAGUUUUGAAGAUCGUGAUGGUGAUGGAACAUUGUUGUGGCAAGAUGCACAGUACAGAGCAGCACUCAAUACUGUGCUUAAGAAGAAUUAUGAUCAGAGGCCUAAGGUUCUUACGGUGGAGGACAAGCUGCUAGUCCUUGGAUGCAAAGAUCUUGAGAGGAGAAUUGUUGAAACUGAAAUGGAGUUGGCACAGGCAAAGAGUCAAGUAACGUUGAAUUGAAUGUUUGUAAAGCCGGUGGAUGGUUGGCGUCUCUUUGUGUAGCAGGGUUCAUAGCUAUUGCAGUGAGAAAAAUGGUGAAAACCAAGUAACGUUGGUUAGAUAGAGAGACUAGAUUUGGUUAUUAUAUUAUUGCUAACGACGUUGUACUUUGGGUAUUUUAAUUUCAAAGUAAAUAUAUGAUAUUGUG